AUGUAAUUAAAUUAAAUUUAUAUCAAUUUAUCUUAUUAAAUGGAAAUCAUGAAUUCCUAUCUGGGAUGUUUUUUCUCAAUGUAAUAUAAAUAAAUGUAAUUAAAUUAAAUUUAUAUCGAUUUUUCUUAUCACAUGGUGAUCAUACAUUUCUAUCUGGGAUGUUUUUUCUCAAUGUAGCUUAGUUAAAUUUAAUUCAAUUUUCCUUAUCACAUGGUGAUCAUGAAUUUCUAUCUCGGUACAGAUGAUUCCCGAGGCCGAGGUGACUAAUCAGAGCUUGGAGAGAACAGCGGACUAUCCGGACAUGGAGAAGGACAAAGAGAAGGAGGAGUCGGAGGUUCCGGUGAUAACGGCGUGGAAAAUGUACCAACAAGUUGUCGCCGCUAUGGAAUCAGCCGGAAGAAGCUACAAUCGGACAACAAUGCUCGAGGCAAUGUUUCGAGGAAACAAUUUGGUCUACGCUAAGCAAUGACGCUGAGAAUCCGAUAAGGAUCCUUCAACCUGAUAUCUAGUAGCCAAAAGAUAGAAUACCUGCGAACGAACCUAAGCAUAUUCCUAGUCAAGUGUCAUAAUUUUUAUAUCUUAAUCUCUUAUCUAUAUACUAACUGGCUAGGUGAUACCCAUUUGUUGUAUUAACACAUUCGCGACCGCUGACGUGAAUUCACGUCUUUUCCAUUUCCACUCCUGGUUGCCGGUGACGUGAAUUCACGUCAUUUUAAAUUCUAUUCCUGGUUGCCGCUGACGUUAAUUCACGUCCAUGAC